UUCAAUCUUCGGACGAUUCGCGGUGCGUAAGCGCAUGUUGUAUGGGAAAUAAGUGAAGUUAGCGCUAAAAAGUUUAUUUACUUGAGUGAUGAAAAACAACUGUGUACCCGUGCUCACUUAAUAUGGAUAACCAUGAAAGUGACACAAAUCAAGCAAAAGAAAAUAACAAGUUUACCUCAUCGCAUAAAAACACAGCACAGGAAAUUGAUAAAAUAAGUAGCAAGAAUAUUAAAAAGGACGCAAAUAUUAACAUAUUUCUUAUCGUAUGUAUCGUUGGCGUUUCUUUGGGUAUAUUAUUAGAGAUAUUGAAUGUACAGAACAGAAAUAAUGGGGUUCAGAGACCGAAGUAUUGGGUGUACUCCGCUCACAGUGACGUUGACAACAAGAAUGGUAUUCUCAAACAUGUACAUCUAGUGCUAGAUCGAUACGGGUACGAAAAGAGCACCAACACAUCUUCAUGGAACCUCCUUUGGUCACACGACUACCCCUUCCGAGUACUGUAUCCGAAUCUUCACAGAUUGAAGCCUUACCAAAAGGUGAACCAUUUCCCAGGCACGGGGUUCAUAACGAACAAAGUGGAUUUUGCCACCUCCAAUUCAAAGUACAUUCCCAAAGCAUUCAAAUUGCCUCAAAAUAAGAAAGAGUUUUUGGAGUACGCAUCGAAGAACAAAGAUGCGCUAUUUGUAGAGAAGCAUAAUCAGCACAGACAGAUAUUUAUAAAAAAUGUGAGUGAAAUUGACCUGUCGAGUGGACGAAGCUUUGUGCAGGAGUACUUGCAGAAACCGUACUUAGUGGAUGGGCACAAGUUCGACAUUGGUGUGUACGUGGUGCUGACUUCUGUGGACCCUCUGAGGGUUUACUGGUACAAGGGUGACGUGUUGUUUAGAUACUGCCCAGCAAAGUAUUACCCAUUUGACCCGAAGAACCUGGACAAAUAUGUGGUAGGAGACGACUACUUGCCCACGUGGGAAGUGCCGUCUCUAGCGCACCCUUACACGGCCUUGGGAUUCAGCAUGAAGAACGCUUUCGACCAUUAUGCUCGCUCUAAGGGCGACGAUCCAUCAAAAAUGUGGGAAGACGUGAAGAAAGCUGUCGCCGAAGUUUUUAUUAACAAAGAAAAACACAUCAUUGAAGCAUUGAAGAGCUACCCAUCAUCGGACAACUUCUUCGAAAUGAUGCGAGUCGAUCUGGUGGUGGAUGAGAACCUGAAAGUGCAUCUUCUGGAAGCGAACAUGUCUCCGAAUCUGAGCUCAGCCCACUACCCCCCAAACCAGCUGUUGUACGAGCAAGUGCUUUAUAACUUGUUCUCUAUCACGGGGGUUGGGACAAUUAUAAACAGACACAAGGAUCCUAACCAAAGCGAUCAAGCCGCAGCGAAUAUGGUGUCAUCUCAAAAGAACAUAGCCGUUUGGGGUGACGAGUGCAGUACGGUCUGCAAGGACAACUGCGAGUCUCUCCCGGUCUGUGCAUUAUGCAAGCCCUGCAUCUCCAGCAAACUGCGGAACAGCUUGCUCAAGGCGCAUGGAGAAUAUUUGCACCAGGGCGACUUUAGAAGACUUUUCCCUCCAGCUAUGAAACAAAAUACAAUGGAUGAAGAAGCCCUCCAAAAUUUGAGUGAAAUGAACAAGCUCCAACAUCUGUGGUACCAAGGGAAAUGCAAUGAAGAUGUGUCAUGGUGUUCAUAAAAACUAAGUCAUUAAAUUUAAAAUGUUAUUUAUUACAAAAUAUAA